UCAUGUUUUCUUUUUUCCUGAUAUGAAUGUACUCUUUUGUUCGCUUCGACGCUUUUCUUCUUCUACGCGAUCGUUGGAAAUCCAGAAAAGCUAAAAAAUGGCACCCUUUCUUUUUUAUGCAAUUAUUGUUUGAUAUAGAGAUAUCGAUGUCUAAUAAAAAAGUAAAAGUUUGAGUAACUUUUCCUAAGAAAAUAAAAGACCUUUGAUUUAACCUGUUUUCUUUGCAAAUUUUCUUCGACGGAAACUGCUAAAUUUUCAAAGUAUAACGAUUCUUGUUGAUCAAUUUAAUAAAUCUAAAACUUUGUGAUACACGUUAAAACUCUAGCUAUUAAACCGCUCUACAAUUGGCCUUAGUAUAUUGAUUUUAAAUAAAUUUGAAUAAAUAUAUUUGAAUUGCCAAUUUUAAAAAUGAUUAAAAGAAGACAGGGUAAAGUUUUGAAUAUCAACGAUAGGUUUAAUUAAAAGUUCCAUAUCUUACAUACAAUGUCUACUAUAUUCAAGUCACAUAUGCUAUAAAGAAACCUUCUCAAGUAACCGUGGCUUCUUGGAACGUCUCUAUACGUACAGCCAACUUUUUAAGCAAAAUUCAGUUUGGAAAUUUUUGGAAAAUUCAAAAGCCUUUAUGCUUCAAUCUAUGUUCGUAACCCCUUACUUUCAACAAAGUAUUAAAGCAUGAUUAUUUUCAAGUAGCAAAAGUACCUUUGUUCAAAAGCAAAGCUUGUAUCCACCGGGCGUGUAUCCACUCGCUGUUUUAAAGGGCAUAUUUUCUUUUCAACUGUUUCAAUGCAAAAAGGCACUUCAAAUAUUUUAUCUGAAGCAAAUGCUUUAAAUAUUCUGCCGUAACACCUAAUUAUUCUCCGUACAUAAAAGUUCGAAGUUUAAUUUAUAGCGAGCAAAAUUAAUAAUUGGUCAUUCGUGCUGCAAGCUGCUUUCAAAAGUACUUCUGCUUCAUACCCGUCAUACUUUUUAAGAAUACAAUUGGAAAUAACGGUGACUAACCGAACUAACGGAUUCAUUUUGGGGACUUUCUCGUUGCUUGUUGCAAAAUAGGAUAGGAAUUUCACUGGGCAGUAUCAAUCAAGAAACUAAAGCAUAGUUUUUGGGGUUCUUCUAUUCAUGAAAAUAUUCUGCGUGGACUGAAUCGGCCCCAUUUAACUGCCUGUUUGAUGGAGUUAAGCAAUAAGUUUUAAGUUUUGUUGUGGAUUUAACUAAAGGCAAAUGCUUUAGACCCCUUUUCGAAGGUAAAGCUCUCAAGCAUCCGACUCUUCACUCAAUAUGAAAUUAUUUGGUUCCACAUUAAGUUGCAGUUUUAGAAUUUUGCAGUUUAUUUCAUUUUAAUAAUGCCCUCCAGUAGAUGAUCUCCAUGUCUUUGAUGUGUACGUCUCGUGUGCGCAUAUCCAUAUUUGACAGCAUGUUAUAAUAAGUAAGUUGAAAAAACAAUUGACAAUAAUAAUAAUGUUUUUUCGAUGUAGAAACACUAUGGCUCUUAUUACGUCACUCGCUUAGUUGACCCAUUGUAGAAAUUUUAAGAACACCGAAAAAAGAAAAAAAUUUGUUCCACUCUCAAAAGCAACUAAAAUGGAAAAUUUUCACUAUUUUUUCGUGCCAGAGUCUGCCCUUGAUUUGCUAAACAAGAGCAGCGCUAGAUCAAUCCUCUUUAUAAUUCGCUAACUUUAAUCGAUGUAAAGAAAUGGCUUGAGAAAUUCCAUGGAAUGCUUACAUGGAGUAAUAUAUAUAAAGCCGUACCAUUAAAGGGCUACUGCAAUGAAAAAAUGGUCCAAAAUUUUAUUUCCUUUUUCAAUUAUUGACAAUCAGCUGAGUACAAAACUGAAAACAGAACCUCUAUAUGGUUUCUCAGUUUAAAGUUAUGGUGCCUCAAAGUUCGCAAUUUUGAUAGUUUUCGUGCGAAAAAAAUUGUCCUUCUGUGACGUCACAGUUAUGAUCAAGCAGAGAUAUCGCAAUGGCGUCUAAUAGCGGGAACACGAAACCUAGUACAAAACGCGGCGGAAGAUCUUGUGUUGCAGGAGGACCUGGAGGCCAGAGCUGCAAAAACACACAGUUUAUGGAAGGGGUUUCUAUACACACUUUUCCUGAUAAAAAUUCGGAUUUGGGAAGGUACUGGAAGUGGGUAAGCUUUGUUCGCCGGCACAGGCCGAAGUGGCACCCUUCGUCAUCAUCGAUCCUCUGCUCAGUUCAUUUUGAAGAUAACUGCUUCGCGAUGAAUAAAGAUAUCGCAAAAGAACUUGGCAUAAGGAACAAAUUAAAGUUUGACGCUGUUCCUACCGUCGACAUCGCGAAUUCUGUUGAAAAAAGUAGCGAAGAGGCCUCUGCUCGGAGUACCAGACAGAUACUACGGCAUUCAUUAGCAACAACAGACGCGAGUAAGGAUUCAUUGGCAACAGACGCUAGUAGUGAUAACGACGAAGUCCCUGCCCCGCCCACUUCUUCAAUCUAUGUGUGUCAAGGCUGCAGUGUUUUGAAAAAAAAGUUACUAAAUUCGCGCAAAGCAAUGUGGCGGCUGAGAAAGAAAAUGAAAGAAAAUAAACUGGCUGCUGACAUCUCAAACGACGACGCUGAGCAUGAGGAAGAAGAUUAUUAUGAUGAGGCAUGCAUGGAUGACACAGAAGACAUUAACAUGGAGGAUAUGGAUUACCAUGAAUUAGAAACUUCAGCUCUUUCUACAGAUGAUGAGAAUGAUGAGGAUGUUGAUGAUACUGAUGACGAUAAAGAGUUUGAUGAAUCAAAAAAUAACAUAGUUUGGGUUGACAGUGACACAGGGCCUGCGGAUGAACCAAAAUUUGUUGUUUUCUACAGCAUGCUUGUGCAAAUAUUCAGCCUAUUCUGUUUUAAUUGCAAACAUGAACAACCAAAAGUUCAAGUGCUGGCAAGAGGCUCAAUGGUAACAGUUGUGCAGGACUGUCUUACCUGUGGCAAGGUUUACAAAUGGCACAGCCAGCCAUUUAUUUUUGGGAAGUAUCCUGCGGGAAAUGUGAUGAUGAGCUUUGGUAUUCUUAUGUCUGGAGUUCAAAUUAGCCAAAUACUUCUUGCUUUCAAGCAUAUGGGUUUGUCUGCCAUUUCUCCAAGGACAUACUUUUACCAUCAGAGCAAGUUGCUGUUUCCUUCUGUAACCAUGCAAUGGAAAAAGUACCAAAGUGAUCUGAUCAAAAGAUUGCAAAAUCUCAACGACGUAACAUGGUCAGGCGAUGGACGAUUUGAUUCCAUGGGACAUAAUGCCAAAUAUGGAACGUAUACUAUGUUUUGCAAUAGCAUCUCAAAAUUGGUCCAUUUUGAACUGUUACAGUCAAACCAAGCUGGUAGUAGUAACAACAUGGAGCCAGUCGGGGCACAGCGUGCAUUCAAGUUUAUCAAGGAUAACAAUUUAAACAUAUCCAUAUUUGUCAGUGACCGCCACAGAACCAUUGCCAAAUGGAUUCGUGAAUGUGAACCACAAACAACACAUUUCUAUGAUCUUUGGCAUGUCUGCAAAGGCAUUUCUAAGAAGAUUAGAACUGUGGGACAGGAGAAAGGGAACGAAAUUUUAUUACGUUGGAUGAAGGCAAUAAAGAAGCACCUGUACUGGUCGGCCACUUCAACACAGCAAGGCUUUGGUAAUCUCAUUGUUGCAAAGUGGGCGUCAUUGAUCAGGCACGUUGCCGACAAGCAUGAUAAUCAUCCUAAUGAAAUUUACAAGGAAUGUGCUCAUGAUGAACUAGAGGCACGGGAUUGGAUUUAUGUUGGAACUCAGCCAUAUGACCGUCUGAAAACAAUCAUUCUGAACCAUCAAGUAAUUGAGGAUGUACGCAAACUUUCAAGUGAUGCACAAACCAGCUGUCUGGAAGCAUUCCAUUCCCUCUUGAACCAAUGGCACCCAAAAAUGACACACUUUUCUUGGCUUGGUACAAAGUGCAGGCAUAUUCUUGCCAUUUGUCAUUUCAAUGAGAAUGUUUUGAGACAGCAAAACCAAUUGCAAGAUGGUUCACUUCAAUACAAUGUUGUGUACCCAAAAUUCAAGCUUGGAGAAGAAGUAGUUAAAGAAGUAGCUGUUCCACCAACAUAUAGAUAUGUGUGUGAUAUCAAGAAUACAAUGCUCUCCAGCACAUUGAAAGAAAUGAAAUACAUCUUUGACCUAAGCAAAGAACAUGAGCCUGAACCGUUAGACAGGCAAUUUGAAAGGAAAAAAUCAAAGGCAGAAGCUAUCGGACACCACCUUCAAAGAAAACAGACAGCAACGACACUUUUCCCAGAUGCAAACCAGCAAUACAAACUUAAAGAGGAUGAGCAGCAACAGAUGAAUAGCAAAAAGGAACACUGCACACGCACUUGUCGCAAAUGUCAUCAACCCAUGAAGGGUCAUCCACGAGGAAAAUGUCCUUCACCUGCUUUAUCUUGAUAACCUGUUUGCUUGUUUGAUUUUGGUAUGCUUAUACACUCAGAUUUGAACAUAGUGAAAAAAGUUUAAGAAAACCAUAUCAUUUCUACCUUUCAAAUAGAUGUUCUAAUUAUUAGUUCCCUUUUGUGGAAAAGAAACCUUAAACUUCCUUUACCAAGUUAAAAUUUUUCAAAGAAUAACAGCUGACUUUUUUCAAUAUUAUAUUCAAACCCGUUCCAGAGAUGACAUGUAACCUUUGGAUUGAUUUGUUGGAUAUCGCGAUCUUAAAUCAUUGUAAAUGCAUGCAGGCAAUGGGCGAGUGUUGCUCCAUCCUAGGUAACCAAACAGGUAUCUUGCAACCCAUCUGUAGCCAACAGCCCUCAUGAACCUAAAAUGAAAUUCUGUAUUAAUUAAGUGAACCUGGGUUUGAUUCUAACGCUCAUUGAGUUUAAUAACUUGCGAAAUCUUACUAUUUGAGUUUGCCUAAAGAAGUUUUUAGAAACUGCAAUAGCCUGAUAAGUUGUGAUCCUUUAUUGUGUUUGCUAAUAAUUUGACAGUGAUUUGAUGGUAUUAUUUGUGAUAUGAAAUAAAUUUAACCUUACCCCUUACCUUACCCCUGGUUGAAAUGUGAAUAAAAAUGGUGAAACUGGUUAUUACCCAUUCUCGCUCUG